AUGAGUCCCUCGUCCGGAGUUGCGGCGCCGACCAAGUCUUCGACUACUGCGACCCGGCCCAACCAGAUCCGCGAGGCAACACGGCUGUUGGAUGAGGGGACCAUUGUUCCGCACCCCGUGCAGUUUUGGGACGGGGGCUUGCCCGGGGUGAUUCCGGGGUUGCAUGCUUUGCGGGAGGGGAAGACGGUUCGGGGGUUAAGUUGGUGUUCGACGUUGAAGAGCAGAGCGGAUGAAGAUGAAGAAGAUGAUGAUGCUGUUGACUUGCGAAACAUGAUCGAGAAUUGA